UAUUCUAUGUCCGCGGAAGUGUUUCACUACCAACCAAAAUCAGGUCACAACGAUUUCACCCUCGCAAAGAUUUCCCCCGACCCUGCCUCCCCCUCCCUCCUGUCAAUCUCCACUCUUUACUUAGUUUAGAUUACCUUCUUUUGUACAUCAGCUUACAUACACGAAAUGUCAUUGUUACAAAGAAUCUCUCGAACGAUUCCGUGGAAGAACGGUUGUCGAAAUUUUAGCACUACAAGAACAUCUCUUUCCUCAGAAAUAUCGCAGAAUACAACCCCAGCAAAACCAACAGGUUUAUACCAAUUUUUCGAGAAUAAUGAAGCUUUACCCAAACAAAUAUGGACAGGACGUGCUUGGAAAGCUCAAGAACUUCGUCAGAAAUCAUUUGAAGACCUUCAUAAACUGUGGUAUGUGCUACUGAAAGAGCGCAACUUACUUGCAACUCAAAAAGAAGAAGCCAGACGUCUAGGUUUGCCAAAGGAAGUAUGGACAAACCAAGGCCGUGCGAUAAAGUGUCAAAAAUCUAUGGCUAGAAUCAAACGAGUAUUACAUGAAAGACAAUUAGAGUAUGAAAAGACUUUAUUAAAAAAGGACUCGGCAUCUGCAACAACACCAGCAUCCAAAUAAACAAUUUGCACACUUGAUAUUUAUAAGCAGACAGAAUCAACUCUAAAGCAUUUAUGA